AUGGGUGGAUGCGUGGAGACACCAGCAUGGAAUGAGUUCUCGAAAUACCAGUCCAAUGAGCACAUGGUGAGCAGACGUGUGGUUAGUACGGCAGGUAGUGGUGACUGGUGUGGUGUGGUGCAGUGCAGUGCAGUGCAGUGCGGUGAGGUGCAGUGCGUGGUGUGUGGUGGCGGUGGAAUAAUCAUGGUGUGGGUGAAUGUGAGGUGUGGAGAGAGGAAGGGAAGGCGAAUGCACCUCAGAUUCAGAUGUGGAUGGGAAUUGGGUGAGAAGGAGAGGAUGCAUUUGCAUCAAUUCGAGCGUAUGAGGAGAAGUGGUGGUGGUGGUGGUGGUGUCGGUGGUGGUGGCGGUGAGAGAGGCGAUGCAGCAAGUGAGUAA